AUGUCCAUGAUCAUCAUUCAAUCAAAGAACAAUAAACGAGGGGAUUUGUUGGCUCCUAACGGUGUGAUUUCGCAUCAGGAGAUGCAUAUGAGCUCGAUGCCUGACUCGCCGAUGAUGGAAGCCGCUGGUUCUUCGAUAGGAUCAUCAUCGUCUUCUCCUUCUACUUCCAAUUUGCCACCGAUUCGCGUUAGAGUCAGCGAAGACCAGAGGAUUGAGGAACAGUUGGCACAGAUGACCUUCUCAAACAUGCAAACUCAGAGGCAAUUUGAUGAUGGAAUUAGCUUGAUGACAAAUCGGCCAAUGAUGGUUCCGUCUGGUGCCAUGACUGAUGCUUCAAUGGCUUAUAACAACGCACCUAGUGAUAGUUCUGCUCCCCCAAGCAAUGGCCAGGUUUCACCGCAUGACGAUCGGUCCGAUUCAGGUGUAUCAGCUGGCUACAGGAAGCCACCUUUGCCGAUGCAGCCAGUAACGAUCCCACCGAGAACUACCGGAGGGUAUGCUUUGACAUCCCCUGAUUCUGUUGCAAGUGAUACGAGCAUUUCUUCUGCUACUUCAUUUUCGAAGCCAAUGUACUACCAAGACCAACCUCCAGCUCUGCCAAAAGCUCCUCCAGUGACACAGCCUGAAACUACCUCGGUCCAAAGCUCCCAUGUCUUACCUCAGACUGAAACUACUUCACCCCUCACCACUUCCCAUAUCCAAUCUCAGCCAGGUACAUACACAACCAUGGAUCAACAACAACACCAACCAACGGUUCAACAACCUUACUUACACCAAGGCGUUCAGUACAUCCCUCACGCAUCUCAAUACUUCCCAGUUUACUCUCAUCAGCAACAAAACUACCCGGUUUACGUGAUGUCUGUCCCGCAAUCUCAGCAGUAUGUCCCAGCAGGAACUCCCCCACUCUACCCGAUCUCAAAACCCGCCACAAACUCGAGACCUGAAGCUGCCCAAAACGUUUACCGUGCUUCUCCCCCUCAUGUUCUUCAGCUUCAGCAGCAGCAUCAAUACAUGGGUUACACUGGAGUUCCUCAACAUACUACAAACGCAAACGCCAAUUACAGUACUGGAGUUCCUCCUCAACAUGCCACAAACGCAAACGCCAAUUACAGUAUUGGAGCUCCUCAACAUAGCUCAAACACCAAUUACGGUGGGGCCUACGAAUACACAAACCCUCCAAACGAGACAGUGUAUUACCACGCACAGCCUCCUGCUGCCAACACUGCCAUUCCGUUAGCGUCUCCAUACCAAAGCAUGACACCAGCUGCAGCGGCAGCCGCUCUAGCUGAUAUGUCCAAGCAGAUGGCUCUUGACGGCGGCAAACAGCAACAACAACAUAUGGCUGCAUCUCAGCCGCUUUAAAAAGCUGGAUUUUUGGUAAUAAACGCGCAAAGUGUGACCGUAUAGCUAUUUUACACGGCGCGCUCUGGUCUUUCGUUUAUGACAUGUAACGUCGUGUUACAUCUGGUUACAUAUACAUAGGCUUUGCUAUAUCGUUUUCUAAAGUUCUUAUCAUAGUUAUUACUUAUCUCUAUCUUGUUUUUCUUCUAUAUUUGGAAAAUAAAAAUUGUUUGGAUGAUUUUUCUAUAAGUAUUUAUACUGGGCGAACGUUGAAGGUAUUUUGAUC